UGGAGCAUACUGUGACACAAUUUAAAAUAUGCUAUAUUUGACAUUUUAUUUGAAAUACUGGCUUUUUACUUUGGACUUCUGUCAUGCAUGCGUGUCACUGCAGACUGUAACAACUAACCUAGUUCUUUAAACAGUUCCGUCGCAUAGCCUCUCGCCUUUUAAAUUUGUGCCUAGCGGAGGUUCGUUGAAAACAUUCAGUUCGCAUUCACUGCAGCCUGAAGUAACGCAGCGGGGAAAUUAAAAUGGACAUCCUACUUGAAAAACGGGAAAAAAAAAAUCUUGCGUCAUGUCUUUCAUAACUCUGUAGGCGUCGUGUUCUUCUGCAUUUUUUUCCUUCCGUAAUUCCUUACAUUCUGCAACAGAGUUCACCAAAAAAAAGGAACGCGAAUGCGUCAGACGUUUAAGUUAUUUCCGUGGUCGAAAAUAAUAAUUGGCGAAAGGAUGACCGACUAGAGCAAAAGUCCAGCUGAAACCAGCUGUCCACAAUGGUCAAAUGUAUGCUACACACAAAAAUAUACUGAUGUUUAUUUAAUUCAAGGGAAAGACCGCAGCCCUGUGGAUCUGCAUUGCUUCCCAGCGCACUGCGCGUGAAUGUGUUCCAGCCUGAAUCGGGAUCACUGGGCGUGCAACAGGGAGCUGUGCGCUGACGUUUCUUCACAGAGAGAAAGGAACGGAGUCUAUUCUUACGGACUUCACACCUUAACCAGGCUGCGCAGUUGUUGCAACCCGCAGUACCACACUGAACUUUGAGAAGCCAGGCUACCAUUUUUCAGCAUGUUACACAUUCGGCAUUCUGAGUUCAAGGCCGUCGGCAACACUUUAAUAUAACUGCAGAAUUGCUGGGAAAUAUCGAUUAUUCUACGCUGAUGUGAGAUUUCCUUCCUUUGGAAUGAUGCGGACUCUUCAGGAAUUCAUAGGGUUUGUUUUCUGCUCCAGUUUCUACAUCCAGCUUGGCUACUCUUUCGAAGGAAGGUUCACGGAACAGCCGUCGAAUAUAACAGCGAAGGAAGGAGAAAACAUUGAGAUGGGGUGCGCCUUUAAAAGUGGAACGCCUUCCGUUUACCUGGAAAUUCAGUGGUGGUUCUUAAGAGCGGCCGAAGAACGCGACUACGAGGAAAACACCGAUUUACAGGUGGACACUACGCCCGAAAGCGACCCAGAUUAUGAGGGGAUUAAAAUAAGUACAGUGAGGGUUCACGGGAACGACAUCUCCCACAGACUGCACAUAUCCAAGGUGGGGCAGACGGACGAGGGGCGCUACGAGUGCCGCGUGACCAGCGCCUACUACGCGGAGCUGCUGGAGUACAAGGCGCUGGCGUACCUGCGGGUGACGCGCCCCGCCCGGCCCCGGGGCGGCAGGCCACUCAACAAGACCUCACCCCUGCACCUGACCGACAAGAAGCCCCGCAAGGGUGGCGGCGGCGGCUCGGGCCCGCCCCACGCCAGCCCCGGGAGCCAGCGCCUGGGGCCUACCUCACGCCCGCAGACCACGCCCGCCUCGGCGCGGAAACACAGCCCCGCUUCAGGUACGAAGAUAACCACCAGCCAUGGAUUUGCUGUCCUGCUCGUUGUUUACGGUGUGAUGAAAGGUGCUUUUCUAUAGUCCGGGCUGCCUCAGAACCCCAGUCCCUUACUUCUUCUGGUCUCGAAGAGAAAGAGGGAAAGAAAUACCUGCUAAUCCCGUGGACAGGUCUGCGUAGGGUCACCUUUGCCCCUCAGUACGUUUUUAAUGACACUCGCGAGAAGCAUCGUUUUCCGGGGGCAGGUUGCGCCAAGGAGUCACCGAUCACAAAAAUUUUAAGACCACGCGGCUCUUCAGUCACCGACUCCAGGAAAUGCAGUCCAGCUUUCACUAAGUGUGUUCUUUUUUCCCGCCCCCCCAAAAAAAACUUUUUGAACUUUUUUGUGUCAUUAACGUGAAGGUGUGAAAAAUCGACUAUACACACGCAUUCUAUUUAAUCACAUACGCAUAAACGAACUGAGCUCGUUUGUACGAUGUAAUCAGCGAUCACAAAUUCCGAUCUGUGUUCCUGCCGAUGUAUUCUGUGGUCAUUGCUUUAACCGCAUAUAUUUUUUUUGCUUGAGUGAAUACUUGCCGAAAUAAAUGUAAAAUACUUCUGUCUUUAAAAAAAAGAGUAAUUUCUUUUUGUGUGUGUACAAGAGUAACUAAGUUAUAUACAUUGCUAUUUUAAAAAAAACCUGAAGUACAGGACAUAUUUUUGACUAUAGAACCAUGUAAAAAUACAAAAAGCAUAACAAAAGUAUUCAGACCCUUGCAGGGAGUUUUUCGAUUUUUCGAUUAUUAUUUUUUUUAUUAUACAUGUGCCCACCUUUUUACCUUCUUUUAUUGGUCUAAAUCUGUUGUCAGUCAUUUUUCUCGAUUGACAGGCAUGGCGGUUUUCUGCAUAGUACAUUUCCAAGUGACUCCCAAAGUUUUAUCCUGUGUCCCCAUGCCGUGUUCCCUUUCUCCAUGUCUUCUUGUUAGAGAUGUAAAUAAAGUGAAGCAAAAACAAA